AUGUUGUCCCAUCGUGUACUUCCUUUUUUGUCACGACCAAGAAUGUUUCAGAUCCCACCGAACUGCAACUUGAAGAUUUUCAACAAUGCUGAAUUCGCAGCUCAGCUUGCUGAAUCAGUGGAAAAGGGUUAUGAAGCGGUGUACGCUUUGACUCGCCUUUGCACUAUACGAAUAUCGUUCGUCAAAGGAUGGGGAGCUGAUUAUCGGAGACAAACGAUUGAUGCUACUCCGUGCUGGAUCGAGGCCCAUCUCAAUGGACCGUUAUUGUGGAUUGAUAGAGUGUUGCGUAGUAUGGGUGCACCAAUGAUGGCACACUCCUCAUUCACCUGA